AUGACUUUUGGGGGAUCGACGUUUUCUCCUACACUUGAGGAAGAGCCGGAAGAUCUUGAUGCGAUGGAAGAAGUUGACCUGCGCGAAAGUGCCAUCAAUGGGCCUUCCAAACCCCCGCCAGUUUUGUCAACCAACAUCUCCCCCAUGCCAAUCUCCAAACGUGGUAGCCGGAGAACCAAGCCAGCUGCUAGCACUCUUGGUCCUCUUGCUGAAGAACCACAGUCUCUGCAGAAUAUUACCCCUUCCAAGAAGAAGAACCAUGCCCCCAAUAGCAAAGAAGUUGGGCCUGCCCCACUCGAUAAGACUCAUGGCUUACCCGAGCUGUUCACUGCCCUGCCAUCAUCCAGUGAGCUUAACCUGUCUCAUACGCCCUCGCCUGAUCGAAGCACAGCGGUCUGGUCAAUACCCGAAGUACCUUCACCACCAUACGAAGAUUCCCCUGGAACUGGCAGUCCAAGACGAACCGCAGUCAAGGGUCCACGCAGUCAACCGGGUAGACCAUCCCGCCGCAACUCAGCGCACAUCCAACCGAAGCCAAUCAAGCCGCUCAUGGGAGUCGGCUCACCUACUGGUCUUCCCCUCAUCACAGGAACCCAAGGAAGUGACUGGCGUAAGUCAACCGAUUCGCUAUUCCGAACAAACACCGACGCUGCCGAUGGCUCACCCCGACGGUCACGCGAUCUCCAAAGCUCUAUGCCGGACGGAUUCGAAGCAGUUACCAGCUCUUUGUCACCAGCUCGUACAAAGAGGGGAAGAAGUAAUACUGUACGAGAUCGUGUCACGAUCUGGGAAGAUGCCAAUCGCAGUGCAUCACCACCAAAGCCUCCAGCUGCGCAUUUACCUGGUCUUUAUAGCUACGCAGAGACCUCGCCAUCACAGAAAAACGGCCACGGCAACAUUCCCCGAUCCAUGUCUCGGGGUGAGAAUUCUCCUCUGCGGAACGGAAGCCAGUGUAUGCCGCCGACUCCUACCUCUACUCGACGUGGCCUGACAACGCCUACCGGCAAGGCUCUUGGGUUGGGAAUUGGAGGAACUCCGGCAAGCUUGUAUGAUGGUGAUGGAUUCUUCAGAGAGUAA